AUGACCUCGAAUGACCUAAAUCACUUCCAAAAAUAUUUUAGUUAUAAAGUAGAGAAUACACAUUUAGCAUUUUUUUAUUCAGGAUUUUCAGAACUUUGCGAAAUAUUAUUUGUGAUAAUUAAACAGUCAGUAGACUCCAUACCAUUACAGGAAAAGCUGAAAAUAUCCGAUUUGGAAAAGAUUUUUCAACAAAUUCUCCAGUCUUUGUUUACAGAAUUUAAGGAUCGGAAUCUGUUCCUAAAUCCUGGGAAGUUUCUUCUCUCCAGUUCACAAAAUCCUAGUGAUUUAAAACCAGAUGAGCUUGAUCUGUUCUCCGUCCUUGUUUCUGAAACCUUGGAAAUCCUGGAGCAAGAUGAAGUGCUGGAACUUGCCAGACGGAUUUCUCAACAAGGAUUUGCUUUUGUCACAGACAAACUUGCUGAAUCAUUCGAUACAUCUCAGCCUCCCACCUCUUCAGUCACAUUUGCGGAUAAUCCUGGAACCAGUUCAGAUGAAAAUGCGCGAAGUGUGCCUGGAAAAGAUCAAAUCCAGGUCGACGACGCUUUUACUUCUCCUUGUGGUAUUUCCAUGCCCCUGGUUAAACUCCUCCCUGUCCUUCUCUCCGUGGUGCAGGAGGACGAGCUAGCGGAGGAGGAGGAGGUGGAGGAAGAAACUGACGAAUGGAUUCAGCAUAUCAUCAUGAACGUUGAUUUGAAGAUAUUGGGAGCGAAUAUAUACGAGACUUUCUGCUUUAAAGAGCAGUCUACAGCACAGCAGCAAUCUUGGACCCAGUUUUUUUCCAGCUCAGUGUCAAGUUUCUUCUAAAUCUCUUCACUGCAUCAGACAGUUUUUUACUAGUAAAAUUGCUCAAAUUUGCCUUAUCUAGGUUGUGAUUAAAGUUAAUGUUUCAUCAUAUCAAGUUAUGCUUUGUUACACGUUUCCUUGUUUUUGUGACUUGCAACGCGACUUAAUUCCUUGAUUAGAAUUCUUCAUUGAUAAAACAACAUUAUUUAUUAAAAACUUAAUGUUCAAAGUUAAGCUGUUUUUGUUUUUUGACCAUUUUGACGGUUUCUGUGAUUUAUGUAAAAUGACGCUUCUUGUUUUAACACUGGUAAAUAAACUUACUGCACAUAAU